CCGAUAUGUCUCCAUGAAUACCUAUCUACCGGUGCUUUUAAGACCCAGACCCGUCCCAUGCACAAUGGUGAUCCCAUGCCAUUAGAACUUCUGAUAUCAACUUGUCAGACUACUGUCGUGGGUACCAGAUUUACAGAGUACAUACAGUACACUCACCCUUUUAUCGCCAACUACAAUACAAUACAGAUUGGAUACCUUAGCUUGAGUCCAACACAACCUUGUUUUAACACAUUGCAUCGAUCAACUUAACACCUUCCAACUUCCAACAAAAUCGCCAUGACCGCAGACAAUCCAAGCAACGGCCAUGUGCAGCGGCCGAGAUAUGAAAGAAUCCCUUCUCAGCCCGAGAAUCCGUUCGCGGCUCUCAUACCGCACCAGCAGAUCGCCAUCAUCCCCUCAUUCACCCUCGAGUCGGGCGUGACUCUGCAAAAUGUGCCCGUGGCCUACACCACCCGCGGCACCCUCUCCCCCAACGGCGACAACGUCAUGGUCAUCUGCCACGCCCUGACGGGCAGCGCCGACGUGGGCGACUGGUGGGGUCCGCUGCUGGGCGGGCCAGGACGGGCGUUUGACACGUCCCGCUUCUUUGUUGUAUGCAUGAACAGCCUGGGCAGCCCCUACGGCACCGCCAGUCCCGUCACGGCCAAAGACGGAGAUCCGUCCAAGGGCCGCUACGGCCCCGAAUUCCCCCUGACUACCAUCAGGGACGAUGUUCGGCUGCACAAGCUACUUCUCGAUGACCUAGGCGUCAAACAAGUCGCUGCCGUAAUCGGCGGCUCGCUCGGGGGCAUGUUCGUGCUCGAAUGGGCCUAUCUCGGCAAGGACUAUGUGCGGUGCAUCGUGCCCAUCGCGACCUCGAGCCGGCACAGUGCAUGGGGCAUCAGCUGGGGCGAGGCGCAGCGGCAGUCCAUCUACGCCGAUCCCAAGUACGAGGACGGCUACUACUCGUUUGACGACCCGCCGUCGACGGGCCUCGGCGCGGCGCGCAUGGCCGCGCUGCUGACCUACCGGAGUCGGAACUCGUUCGAGGCCCGCUUUGGCCGCAACAUCCCCGACCCCUCCCGCAGGCAGACCAUCCGCGAACGGCCGACGCCCGCGACCGCGUCAGAAGCCCACUUCCACAUCCACAACGACGGGCACAAGUGGAAGCGGACGCCGCCUGGACCGACUCGUCAAAAUAGCCAGGGAGAGCAACUUACCGGCAGCGGCGAUGGUACGCAUCAUGCUGCUUCUGCUCCCGACCCGCAGUUCGCGAGUGCGAGUUCCCACCAGGGCGGAGGCAGCCUGACAGGCGGGGACGUGAUGCCCACGGGAACGACCUAUUUCUCCGCGCAAUCCUACCUGCGGUACCAAGGCGAGAAAUUCGUCAAGCGCUUCGACAGCAACUGCUACAUCGCCAUCACACGCAAACUCGACACGCACGACGUGAGCCGGGGGCGGGCGGCCACGGUGGCCGAGGCGCUGGCCAUGAUCGAGCAGCCGACACUGGUACUCGGCAUCGAAAGCGACGGGCUGUUCACCUUCGCCGAGCAAGAGGAGCUGGCCGAGCACAUCAAGAACGCCCGGCUGGAGCGGAUCGACAGCAUGGAGGGCCACGACGCGUUCCUGUUGCAGUUUGAGCAGGUCAAUCGGUACAUUCUGGAGUUUUUGAGGGAGGUGCUCCCGGAUAUCAUGAGCAAGGACUCGAAUGGCGCUGUGGAGGAGAGUGCUGUUGGCCAGCUGACCAAGAGCAGCACGUUUGGGGAGGCUGAGGUUGAGGAUAUCACGGCUUGGUAAGCGGGCUGUGUGGGGUUCGGGUUGGUCGGGGCAAUGGGCCCCUGAGUGAGCACAGUUAGCUCCAGGCUGCAAGGACAUUGGAGUACACUACUUCAACCUCUACCCUGCUUGUCAUGAUGGCCGUGGCAUUCGCCGUUCAACCCGGCGACAAGUCAUUACGAUUCCUUGCGGAUAUGCGGGGAAGUUCAGACUCAGCCGCCGUUGCCCGUUCAAAUCGAAAGGGGCAGGCCAGCCACGCCGCGGCGUGGGGUGACUGCUGCACGGCGCAGAACGUGGGCGCGUUUGCGAAAGAGGCUUGGGAUGACGCCAUGGUAGACGGUAUCGAGCUAGCUGCGGGAUCAUCUAGUUCUUGACUUUUCAUCCAGUCGGAGGCAUAUCGGCGGGAAAAGGCAGACAAAAAAGGCAUGUAGCUGGUAAUCUGAUGAAAUUAUAG